AGGAGGGCAGGAAGCCGCUGAGACCCCGCCAAGAGGCCGGGGGUUAGUUCAGCAAGAAAAAGGGGGCGGGAAGGGCUGGGGGCCCCCUGUCAAGUCGUCGCCAUGAACGUGGUUUUUGCUGUGAAGCAGUACAUUUCCAAAAUGAUAGAGGACAGCGGACCCGGUAUGAAAGUACUUCUCAUGGAUAAAGAGACGACUGGAAUAGUGAGUAUGGUAUACACACAGUCAGAGAUUCUUCAGAAGGAAGUGUACCUCUUUGAACGCCUUGACUCUCAAAAUCGAGAGGUCAUGAAACACCUGAAGGCGAUUUGUUUUCUUCGGCCGACGAAGGAGAACGUAGAUUAUCUGAUUCAGGAGCUCCGAAGACCCAAAUAUAGUGUAUAUUUUAUUUAUUUCAGUAACGUGAUCAGCAAGAGUGAUGUGAAGUCAUUGGCUGAAGCUGACGAACAGGAAGUUGUGACUGAGGUUCAGGAAUUCUAUGGUGAUUACAUUGCUGUGAAUCCACAUUUGUUCUCCCUCAAUAUUUUGGGCUGCUGCCAGGGUCGAAAUUGGGAUCCAGCCCAGCUAUCCAGAACAACUCAAGGGCUGACAGCUCUCCUUUUGUCUCUGAAGAAAUGUCCCAUGAUUCGUUACCAGCUGUCAUCAGAGGCAGCAAAGAGACUCGCCGAAUGUGUGAAGCAAGUGAUAACUAAAGAAUACGAACUUUUCGAAUUCCGGCGAACUGAGGUUCCUCCACUGCUGCUUGUUUUAGAUCGCUGUGAUGAUACCGUCACCCCCCUGCUAGACCAGUGGACAUACCAGGCCAUGGUCCAUGAACUAUUAGGCAUAAACAACAAUCGGAUUGAUCUUUCCAGAGUUCCAGGGAUCAGUAAAGACCUGAGAGAAGUGGUCCUGUCUGCUGAAAAUGAUGAAUUCUAUGCAAAUAAUAUGUAUCUGAACUUUGCUGAGAUUGGUAGCAAUAUAAAGAAUCUCAUGGAAGACUUUCAGAAGAAGAAACAAAAAGAACAGCAAAAACUAGAAUCAAUAGCAGACAUGAAGGCGUUUGUUGAGAAUUAUCCACAGUUUAAGAAAAUGUCUGGGACUGUCUCAAAGCAUGUGACGGUGGUCGGAGAGCUGUCUCGGUUGGUCAGUGAACGGAAUCUGCUGGAGGUUUCGGAGGUUGAGCAAGAACUGGCCUGUCAAAAUGACCAUUCCAGUGCUCUCCAGAAUGUGAAGAGGCUCCUGCAGAACCCCAGAGUGACAGAGCUCGAUGCUGCUCGCCUGGUGAUGCUUUACGCUCUGCAUUAUGAGCGCCACAGCAGCAAUAGUCUGCCAGGACUCAUGGUGGACCUCAGGAACAAAGGGGUUUCUGAGAAGUAUCGAAAGCUCGUGUCUGCGGUUGUGGAAUACGGUGGUAAACGGGUCAGAGGAAGCGAUCUCUUCAGCCCCAAAGAUGCUGUGGCUAUAACCAAACAGUUCCUCAAAGGACUGAAGGGAGUAGAAAAUGUGUAUACGCAGCAUCAGCCUUUCCUACAUGAGACCCUGGACCAUCUCAUCAAAGGAAAGCUUAAGGAGACCCAGUACCCUUACCUAGGCCCCAGCACACUCAGAGACAGACCUCAGGAUAUCAUUGUGUUUGUCAUUGGAGGAGCCACGUAUGAAGAGGCUCUAACAGUUUACAAUCUGAACCGUACCACUCCUGGAGUAAGGAUUGUCCUGGGGGGAACCACGGUACACAACACGAAAAGUUUCCUAGAGGAAGUUUUGGCUUCUGGACUGCACGGCCGAAGCAAGGAGGGCUCCCAGGUUACAGCGAGAUCCGCAAGCAGGAGAUGAAAUGAUGAUGGAGAGGCGGGGGACACCGCAGGCUGUCGCCACCCCAGACGCGUGAGGUUUUGUGCGGCUUGUUAGCAGCCAUCUCGGCCAUCUCCGGGAGCCCGCUGAUUCCUGAACCGUCAGCAUGGACACACAGACCCCGCAUGAUGAGCUGAGGAUAAGUCUGAGCCCAUCCAACAGGCUUUCCUCCUGGUUUCUUUAUGAAAUAAAUAAAUGUGUUCCUUGCGUAUUUGGUAGCACUUCCAUUUCUGAUGAGUUUUGUUGGGAUCUUGAGGAAAGGGUUAUCAGAGCCUAGAGGAGUUUUAAACAAAGGGACCACUUGAUGCUCACUCCACACUCCUCCACGUGCUCCGUCCCCGCUGACCCCUCGGACUUUUCAUCAACCACAUUCCCGCACCACUCAUUUCUGGAAGCUCACCGGGCUCCUCUAGAGAGACAGCUAAUAAUUGUCCCCCAUUGCAAGUUUCUCUGGCCCUGAGAAACCAUGUAUGAUCACAAUAAAAAUCGGUUU